ACCAGCUUUUCCUGCCGAAACUCUUCCCUGAGUUUGGCUCCAAAUUUAGGCGCCAUCCCAGUCCUCCCGCUGAGGCUCCCCCCCGGCGCCCUCGCCCCGCUCCGCGCGGAGGUGGCGGCUGAGCAGCCCUCAGGGACGUCUUCUCUUCCCAGGUCCAUCUUUCUGAUCGUGUUGUUUGCCCAGUACCUGCGAAACGUCACCCUCCGCCUGCCCGGGUACCGCUGGGGCAGAGGCUUCGUCCUGUUCCGCGUACAGAUCUUCAAGAUGUUUCCGCCCCUGGCGGGCAUCGGCGAGUCCAUCGGGGAUUACUACUCCUGCGCACGGCUGGCGGGAGCGCCGGCCCCUCCUGUGCACGCCAUUAACAGGGGCAUUUUCACAGAAGGGAUCUCCUGCAUCAUAGCCGGGCUGCUGGGCACAGGCAACGGCUCCACUUCCUCCAGCCCCAACAUCGGCGUCCUGGCCAUCACGAAGGUGGGAAGCAGAAGAGUGAUACAGUACGGAGCUGGGAUCAUGCUUGUUUUGGGAACCGUUGGCAAGUUCACCGCUCUGUUUGCCUCGCUCCCGGACCCCAUCCUCGGAGGGAUGUUCUGCACGUUAUUCGGCAUGAUCACAGCUGUUGGCCUUUCCAACCUGCAGUUUGUUGACAUGAACUCCUCCCGCAACCUUUUCGUUCUGGGAUUUGCAAUGUUUUUUGGGCUGACACUGCCAAACUACUUGGAUUCUCACCCCAACGCCAUUAACACAGGUGUCCCUGAACUGGACCAAAUCUUGACGGUGCUAUUAACAACGGAGAUGUUUGUUGGGGGGACCAUCGCCUUCAUAUUGGACAACACUGUUCCGGGGACGCAAGAAGAGCGGGGCCUGAUUCAGUGGAAGGCCGGAGCGCGCUCAGACAGCGCGACAACGGCAAGCUUGAAAAGCUACGAUUUUCCUUUUGGGAUGAACGUUGUGAGAAGAAUCCGGUGGCUGAAGUACGUGCCAAUUUGCCCAAUCUUCAGAGGAUUUAACUCAAGAACAAAGAGAAAUUGUGAUUCAACCGAAAACACGCAAGACAACACAGACAACCUCUCUGUAUGUACGAAGGUCUGAACGUAGGGCAGGAUGAACACCUCCUACUGGACUGUCACUAGACUCGCAUCUCAGUUCUCCCACGAGUAGCUAUAAGAAAAGCCAGGACAGAAAAGCCAAGCCAAACUCCUGAGAGGGACCGGUGCAGAGCUCCCCACAGGUCACAUCCUAGCAGCAUUGCUGCAGGGUUUCUAGAACCCAGCAAGUCCAAAGCCAAGGCUUCUUCUGCUUGGCUCCACAACAAGAUUAGGACAUUCAAUUGCCUUCUGGGAACAUCAUUAGCCCGUUUUAGCUAAAACCAGAGCACAAACUCCACAAUGCGAACCCCUACAAACAGCAGAGCUCCCCUGGUGCUGGCCUCAGAACCACUACCACCACUGUGUAACUUCUCACUCCCGCUUAAACUGGUUUAAGACUUGUUCAAAGCUGUGCUGAAGCUCAUUAACUGUGGUCAGAGCUAGCUAGAACUUGUGAGGCCACUAGUACCAGCCAGAAUAACGAAUAGCCACCCAGAGCCAAGAAUUUUCAUACAAUACCCUAGAUUUCAGCAAGGUUACUCUGUGGAUUAAGUUGGUUCUGUGCAGGGUACAGUGUUCAGACCAAGCACUACAGAGCAUUAGGAUGUCUACUUUAAGAUUUUGCAUUAAAAAGAAAAA